AUGGCAAGACAAAAAAAAGUUCAAGAUUGUGCCGAGAUGUUGCAAUACUUUGAGAAACAAGACGUGUCUCCAAAACCUUUUGCACUUUUGACUGCGUUUAGUGCCUUUUGUGAAGCAAAAAAGUUUGAGUAUGCGUUGGGUAUGUUUGAGACUUUGUAUAAGGGUAGCGUCACUCUAGAUCCAUGGGUGUUUGGGUGGGCACUGGAUGCAGCUACUGCCUUGGACCAACAUGAACUAAUUGCUAGUAUCUUUCAACGCUUAUUGAAAGUUGGAAGAGAAGGAGAAGAAGACUUUGAAAUUGCUGCAAACCUUGAGGUGAAUGCAAGUAAUUGCAUCGUAUCCGAGAUGCUGCAUGAUGUGCAUGAUCGUGGAGUACCAAUGUCAGAAUUUGCACUACGAGCGCUUGUGAGUUUUGCAGACAAGGCAUACAAGUCUGACUUGGCACUAGUUGCUGUGUCCAUGAUGCAGGAUAGAGGGAUAGCACUUUCGAGUGAGCUUUAUAGCAAUGUAUUGAAGGCUUGUGGCAAGAAUGAACGGUGGAGUGAUGUCCUGGAUGUUUUUGAAGUCGUGCCCGAAGACAUGUAUAUGGAACUAAGUGGUUCCGCUUUGGGCUCCGUCGUUAUGGCACUUGCCAAAAGUGGGGACGAGGAGCUAAUUGAAGUAGGGCUUGACUUAUUUAACGAUCAUCCAUCGAAAUGGUUUGGAUAUGCGUGCAACGCCGCCAUGGAGGCACUCUUACAGACCAAACAGUUUGAUGAAAUUCUCGCUCUAGCGAACGAAAUGAAAAAUUAUCGGCUCAGGUGGAGCCCGUUCACGUACAGAAUGGUGGUGGUGGCGCUAAUUCGCAAUGGGUCCAUAGAGGAGGCAAGACGAGUGCUACAUACCAAUGCAAAGCGCAUGCAGAAUGAUAGUGCAGCUUGUUACGGCGAGCUUAUUGACUACUAUGCACAGACGCGUGGAGAUGCCAUCGAGGCUCUUCAUCUUUGCGAAGAGAUGCUGCUGACAAACUGGCACAUACAGUUUACAGACUGGUGUACUGCGUUAAAUCUCACGCAUGAUCUUCCACAUCAUCCAGCGUCCUGGCGUGUGCGCAAGCAAUUGUGGCUGCGUGCUGAGUCUUUUGGGCAGAAGUUUGAACAAAAGAUCCCUUACAAUUUGCUGGUACUCCCCCAACAAACAAGCACACGAAAUCAAGUCCUUCUAGUCGACGGCGCGCAAACGACACAAAACGUAUCGCCAGAACCUGUAGACGUAUCAUUUGGGCUAGAAGUGCUCAAUGAUUUUCGGUCAGCUAACGGAUCAGGUCUAACGAGUAUUAUUGCCACGAAGCUGCUUGAGACGAUGGCAAAUCAUAACUGCAUUGACGAGUGUUUGGAGAUGUUGGACUUUUUCGAGGAACAAAAGGUAUAUCCGAAGCCGACGGCCCGUAUGGCUGCAUUCAAGGCGUUUUGUGCCUCAAAGGAGGACGGUCAAGCACUAAAAGUGUUUGAAUCGAUGCUUUUCGACGAUUUGGCCUUGAAGAGACAAAAUUUCUCGACAAGCGUGAUUGCUGCGAUGGAGUUUGAGAGACACGAGGUAGUCCUAAGCAUUAUUGAUCGUGUACGGAAACAAGGCAAGUACAUCAGCAUCGAGGAAUACGAAAAGAUUCAAGAGUGCUUUGAACACGAUGAAAAAUGGCGAUCGACAAUCGAGUUGCUGUCUACAGUGACGCGGAACAGAUUUAGCUGA